AUGAGUUUCGGAUUUUCUCUUGGUGAUUUUAUUGCGCUUGCAAAGUUGGUAGAAGCGACGAGGAAACGAUUCAAAGGGGCGCCCGCUGAAUAUGCGGCGCUAGCUGAUGAAACACGCACUCUUCAGAUCGUGGUCAAUGACCUGAAAGUCCAGAUUGAAGAUGAUGAGCUUGCAGAUUCGGUCAAGGCGAACUUACAGAGUGCCGCAGCCAGCUGCGAUUCCGUGUUGGCUGAUUUGAAUGCUGUCAUUGACUCUCACACCGAGCUCGCUUCCAUCAACUCAACACCCACAAAACCACACAGUCCCUUGUGGAAGCGUCUCAAAUGGGACCCUGCCGAGGCGUCCAAGCUCAGAUCACGACUAGUUUCGGCAGUGCAGCUUCUGAAAGCCGUGCUCGAUAGUACGCAGCUCAACAACAUAGCGCAAGGGGUGCAAACACUCGCAAUCGCAUCAGAUGCUACCGAAGCUCGGCACAUUGCCGACUGGCUUGCACCUUCAACCUACUCUGAAUGGCAGAGUGACUAUUUCACUAAAGUGCAGCCUGGUACCGGACAAUGGAUUCUGAGCAAUGUUUCGUACCUCGACUGGAGGGACGGAAACCUGGCAAAUCUAUUCUUUGAGGGGCACCCCGGCGUUGGAAAGACUUUCCUCACGUCUGUGAUUAUAAAUGAUUUGCAGUCUUCCACCUCGCAAAGCGAUACGGCUGUGGCAUUUUUCUACAGCAGCUUCAGGAGGCGCGAAAAGCAAUCAUCCAUUGAUAUCGUUAGCAGCAUCAUGAGGCAACUAUUCCUGUACCGGCCUGGGAGAUCUGAUGCUGUCAAGGAUCUUUUCAACAAGCACCAAGGACCGGAAAAGCGCCCAAGCUGGGAUGAUCUGGAACGUACCUUGGAAAGCGUGCUGCAAGGAUUUUGCACCGUCUUCUUUGUGGUUGACGCACUAGAUGAGUGUGAGAACGCGCAUGAGGAAGGACGAAAACCAUGGGGGCUUGUGUUCGGUCUCUUGUUUCGCUUGCAAGAAACUCUAAAGUCCCAGGUCAAAAUUCGCAUCCUAGCAACCUUUCGGCCGUUUGUGCUGAUUGAUGGGGUCCCCGAGAACCACAAACGCCAUCGCAUUGAGGCCAGUGACCAUGAUCUGGAAACAUUCUGCCGAGCAAUCGUCCCCAGUAUCAGAUGCAUUGCUAAAAAGCCAGAACUACAGUUGAAGGUCAUACAAGAGGUCCGUGAGAGCGCUCAAGGAAUGUUUCUGCUUGCCAAAUUGCACUGUGACACCCUGUCCGCGAAGACGAAGCCAAAAGACAUAUUGAGAGCACUGAGUGGAUUCAGAGAAGGUGGUGAUCCUCUCCCUAGAGCAUACGAAGACAGUCUACGGCGGAUACAGAGCCAACCAGAAGAACAUCGAGAUCUUGCACGGAAGGUCUUGACAUGUGUUACUUUUAGUUUCGAGCCUUUGACUAUGGAUCAGGUUCGUCAUGCUGUUGCGGUCGAUGAAGAGACUCAGGAUAUCGACCCGGAAUAUGAUCUUGACGAUCCCGACCUCGUCAUCUCGGUGUGUGCCGGCCUUGUGACGCUUGAUUCACAAAGCCAGAAUCUCAGAAUGGUCCAUUAUACAACACAGUCCUUUCUCGAGUCUUUGGGCGACGGAUUUCUUUCGAAUCCGCACACCUUCUUGGCCUCUCGUUGCUUGAGCUACCUGCAGCUCAGCCCAUUUUCGUCAGGUCAUUUUUUAUAUGAUGGUUUUCCACGCAAGCCGAGUGGGAGGCGAUGGAGGGCACAUCCGUUUUAUCCCUAUUCCGCAAGAUUUUGGGUUAGACAUUGGGAGUAUGGAGGAUUUGAUCGAUCAUUGGAACAAACAGCAUUCUCGUUCCUGGACAACUUUGGCUUCGUCGGCAGCGCAUGGGAAGCAUGGGAAGCAUGGGGAGCAAACUUUCGUCCUGUGAGAGAGCUUCAUUAUCAUGGGUUGUCUUCACUUCACCUGCUGGCAGCAAUGGGUGCCAAUGUAGUAGUGAAGACCUAUCUUGACCGUGGUUUCCCAUCCACACCAAUGCAGAAUGGUGACCUACUCUGCGAAGCAUGCAAACGUUGCACAUCAUCACACAUUGCUUUCCUCGAAACGAGACAGUGUCCCUGGCAAGAGGCAAUCACAAGCCUGAAAGACGGAUGGAGAAGGACUGCCAUAGUAUUUGCUUUCAAACCCGCCUCGGAAGCUCACCGAUCAACAAUGAGAACGCUCCACCAUGCCAAUGGAGUCCCCGCGUUUGAAAAGGAUAGUACUGGCUUCAGUGUUCUAGAGCGCGCACUGUGGCAUGGAAUGGAUUCACUUGCGCUCGAACUUCUUCAGAACCCUGGGGUUCUGCCAUCUGUAGACAAGAUCGACGUGGAUCGUGUGAGUUACUUUGGCGGAGACGCUCUGACUCAUGCCGUCAUAUGGGGGAGUCUGGAAAUCGUGAAGUUACUGACGUACAAAUUUGGCGCCAACGUGGACGUCUCGGAUGGGAAAACGGGCUGGACACUUGUUAUGCAGGCUGCAUCACAUCAACGCAUGGAAAUGGUGACCUUCCUUGCCCCCUUGGUUUCUGACAUUAACAAGCGUGAGAAUCAUGGGAACACUGUGUUUCAUUUUCUACUGCGAUUGUUUCCAUUUCAGGACCCCUCAAGUCAAAUCUUGCAGGAGCUGAGGGCUUGCCUCUCAUGCUUGGUCGACUGUGGCGCGGAUAUGCGGCUGAAAGACGAAGAUGGCCUUUCGGCUUACGACAUGGUAUGCAGAUUGGAGGCGGAGGCAGAAGCCAUGCAUUGGAAAGCAGAGCUGUUGGAUACGGUAAGGCGGUUGAAGGAGAUCGCGUUGCCUUCGCUCUCGCCUGAAGAGAUACUUCAACCCACUCCUGGAACAUUGUGA